AUGCACUGCGGAUGGACUAGCCGUCAGCAAGGUGGGAGGCAGCUCUACGUGGCCACGGAAGCCAUCCUCAUCGCGCUGGUGGGGGCCACGCCCUCCUACCGCUGGGACCUGGCCGAGCUCCUGCCGAACCAGAGCCACGGCAGCCAGUGGGCGGGUGAGGACCUGGCGCUGGGGGACUGGCUCCUGAAGGCCAACGGCAGCGAGGUGCGCAAGCACGUGCACUUCAGCGGCAGCUUCACCUCCAUCGCCUCCGAGUGGUUUCUGAUUGCCAACAGAUCGUACAAAGUCAGCGCGGCCAGCUCCUUCUUCUUCAGCGGCGUGUUUGUGGGCGUGAUCUCUUUCGGGCAGCUUUCCGAUCGCUUCGGGAGGAAAAAGGUCUACCUCACAGGUCUUGCGCUUGACAUCUUAUUUGCUAUUGCGAAUGGGUUUUCACCCUCAUAUGAGUUCUUCGUGAUGACCCGCUUCCUGGUGGGCGUGAUGAAUGGAGGGAUGUCCCUGGUGGCCUUUGUCCUGCUGAACGAAUGUGUGGGCGCCGCCUACUGGGCACUCGCAGGGUCGAUCGGCGGCCUCUUCUUCGCAGUCGGCAUCGCCCAGUGCGCCCUGCUGGGGUACUUCAUCCGCUCCUGGAGGAGCCUGGCCGUGCUGGUGAACCUGCAGGGGACAGCGGUCUUUCUCUUAUCUUUAUUCAUUCCUGAAUCACCUCGUUGGUUAUACUCCCAGGGUCGACUGAGCGAGGCGGAAGGGGCUCUGUACCUCAUCGCCAAGAGGAACCGCAAGCUCAAGUGCACGUUCUCACUCACUCACCCGGCCAACAGGAGCUGCAAGGCCUCGGGGAGUUUCCUGGACCUGUUCCGGCACCGGGUCCUCCUGGGGCACACGCUGACCCUGAUGUUCAUCUGGUUCGUGUGCAGCCUGGUGUACUACGGCCUGACUCUGAGCGCCGGUGACCUGGGCGGGAACCUCUACGCCAACCUGGCCCUGUCUGGCCUCAUAGAGAUCCCCUCCUACCCUCUCUGCAUCUACUUGAUUAACCACAGGUGGUUUGGUCGGAGGCGGACGUUAGCAGCAUUUCUGUGCCUGGGAGGACUGGCUUGUCUCGUCGUAAUGUUUCUUCCAGAAAAGAAAGACACGGGCGUGUUCGCCGUGGUGAACAGCCGGUCCUUGUCUCUGCUGGGGAAGCUGACCAUCAGCGCCGCCUUCAACGUUGUGUACAUCUACACCUCUGAGCUCUACCCUACAGUCAUCAGGAAUGUUGGGCUUGGCACCUGCUCCAUGUUCUCCCGCGUCGGUGGGAUCAUUGCUCCCUUCAUCCCCUCUCUGAAAUAUGUGCAAUGGUCUUUACCUUUCAUUGUCUUUGGAGCCACGGGCCUGGCCGCGGGCCUGCUGAGUUUGUUAUUGCCCGAAACCCUGAACGCCCCGUUGCUAGAGACCGUUUCCGACCUCCAGGUGUACUCCUACCGGAGUCUGGGGGACGAAGCUCUGUCUUUGCAGACCCUGGACGUCCCACAGUCCGUGGACAAGGGCAGCGCUCCGGGGAGUGAGAGUGAAGAGGAAGAAUUUUAUGAUGCGGACGAAGGGACUCACAUGAUCAAGUGAGAGGCCCCAGGUUCCUCCUCCGGAGCAGGAGGUCAUCUUUCGUGCCUCCGGCGAAGGCAGGUUCUGCCGGGAACUAAAGAGAGCUGGGCUCGGACACAGGUCGAAGGUGCUCAGCUUCGGGACUGUUUCCAGGCACAGAGCGAGUUGGAGAAGAGAGUUCCUGAGCGAGGCCAUCACUGCAUUGAGGAAAUAGAUGUUACUGUGUCCAGAAUCCGGGUUUAGCUCAGAAUCACGACCUCUGGCCAGACGCUCAAGUCCACAGCCAGAGUGGCAAACCCACCUGUUUCUAGAAGUGCGAUCGGGUUGCUGUUCCUUCAUUAGGACCUAAAGGCAGAUAUGUGAAAAGUUUUUCUCACCGUUUCAGUAACAGAAGAUAAACACCCUUAAGGUUUCAUUG